AUGUUAAAGGUGUUUGCUGCCAAGCUGGAUGACCUGACUUUAGGCCCCGGGACCUACGUGGUGGAGAGAACAGACUCUGGUGCCAAGGGCAGGCAAGGCUGGGAGGGCGACCUCCCAGGCUCCUCCCGCGUGUCCCGAGCCACUCAGCAGCUCUGCCAUUCCCCGCGCCGGUACUGGGCGCCCGCCUCGGCCCGCCCCUUACGCCGGCAACUCAGCGCUUGGCUGCCGCUAUAUAAGUCGGCCAUUUGCUUUGCUCCGCCCCAGAGUCCGGGAUUUGCCUUCAAAGAUAAAUACAAGCAGAUCUUUCUGGGUGGUGUGGACAAGAGGACCCAGUUUUGGCGCUACUUUGCAGGGAACCUGGCAUCGGGUGGUGCCGCUGGGGCCACAUCCUUGUGCUUUGUGUACCCUCUUGAUUUUGCCCGUACCCGUCUAGCGGCUGAUGUGGGCAAAGCUGGAGCUGAGAGGGAAUUCAAAGGCCUCGGUGACUGCCUGGUUAAGAUCUACAAAUCUGAUGGGAUUAAGGGCCUGUACCAAGGCUUUAAUGUGUCCGUACAGGGCAUUAUCAUCUACCGAGCUGCCUACUUUGGUAUCUAUGACACUGCAAAGGGAAUGCUCCCAGAUCCCAAGAACACUCACAUCUUCAUCAGCUGGAUGAUUGCACAGUCUGUCACUGCUGUCGCUGGCCUGACUUCCUAUCCUUUUGACACGGUUCGCCGUCGUAUGAUGAUGCAGUCGGGACGCAAAGGAACUGACAUCAUGUACACAGGCACGCUUGACUGCUGGCGGAAGAUCGCUCGCGAUGAAGGAAGCAAGGCUUUUUUCAAGGGUGCAUGGUCCAACGUUCUCAGAGGCAUGGGUGGCGCCUUUGUGCUUGUCUUGUAUGAUGAGAUCAAGAAGUACACAUAAUUAUGUCUUAGGUGUUCUCCCCGAGAACAGGCAUGUUGUAUAAUAUACCAUAUCUUGAACAUUCUGGACAGAUUCUCUGGGCUUGUCUGUUUUAUCAAUGGCAACUAUUUACCAGUUGAAAAGUGGGAAGCAAUAAUAUUCAUCUGACCAGUUUUCUCUUAAAGCCAUUUCCAUAAUGACAAUAAUGAUGGGACUCAAUUAUAUUUUUUAUUUCAGUCACUCCUGAUAAUAAAAAAUUGAAGAAAUAAAAAUAUCCAAAACCA